CCCUUCUACCUUUAAAGUCCACGGUGAAGUUUAUAGGGCAUUAUCCUGUUGUUAUCAGUAUUAUCUUGAAGCAAAAUCUGCAGCCAUGCGUCAAUAUUGUCUUUGUCUUUUUAUUGGACUUUUGGCCGUUGCAUUCCUCCAGUCUGGUGUACUGGCCAACAAUGCCAAUAUGCCAGGCGAAUGCUGUUUUAAGCAUUAUGCGAGAAAAAUCCCCAUCGGUAAAAUUACUUCCUACAUAGAAACAAGAAUGGAUUGCAGUAAGCCUGGAAUCAUUCUUGUCACACAGAAGAGUCUUCGUAUCUGUGUGGACCCUGAGCUGAGCUGGGUGAAGAGUACCAUUAAAAUGAUCGAUGAUCGUGAUUUUUAGUGAUGCAGCUGUGGCGAUGAUCGGCAUACUCAAAGGAGUGAUUUAACUUGUUUCUUAACUGAAGAAGUAGCUCAGUAACCUUCCUCCUAUGUUCUGUCAGUUUUUCUGUUUCAUCAUUAUCAUGAGGCAUCAUGACAAGUAACUGAAUGAUGUUUUCUGUUUGAGUUAAGCUUUUUUUUUUUUUUUUUUUUUUACAUUUGUCUUUUAAAUAUAAAAAAUGUUCUACCUUUCUACUGUAAUGUUACUUUUACUGGAAAGCAAUGCAUGUAAAAAGACAACAUGAUUUAUGAUUGUUCCAAUUUUUAACAUGUAGGCUUAAAAAAGAAAUUUGCUUUAACAAUAGUUGUCUUAUAUGAUGCUCUUAAUUCUAAUAAAAUAUAACAGAAGACAAAACCCCUUAA